UAUUUGAGUGACUUGUUAGUUUUUAAUAUUUUAGGCAGUCGUGGGAGAAUAAAGGGUAGACCAGUGGAAAAUUUUUGGCCUGAAACCUGCAAAGAGGGAAUUAAAUAUUGUUAUGAGUCGUACUCUAAACAAUUUGAGGAUUAUGAUACGGUCACUGUGAACUGCCAGUUACUAAAAAUAUUUGGAAUUUUACAACGGCAGCAGGAGUCACGUUUAGAUGUUGUAAAGAAGACUUUUGCAAUAAUUUCGGGAAGAAUAAGGG